UAGUAGCAAGUGCAGGCCAGCAAACACAUAUAUCCAGAUACUCUGGUCUUGUAGCUAGCCAUGGCCUCAGCCUCUUUCCUUGGCUUCUUGGUGCUGGUGGCGCUGGCCUCGGCGGCGUCGGCGCAGCUGUCGUCGACGUUCUACGACACGUCCUGCCCCAACGCGCUGUCCACCAUCAAGAGCGCGGUGACGGCCGCGGUGCAGCAGGAGGCUCGCAUGGGGGCGUCGCUGCUCAGGCUGCACUUCCACGACUGCUUUGUCCAAGGCUGUGACGCGUCCGUUUUGCUGGCCGACACGGCCACCUUCACCGGAGAGCAGGGGGCGGGUCCGAACGCGGGUUCUCUGAGGGGCUUCAACGUCGUCGCCAACAUCAAGACGCAGGUCGAGGCCGUGUGCAAGCAGACCGUCUCCUGCGCCGACAUCCUCGCCGUCGCCGCCCGUGACUCUGUCGUUGCGCUCGGAGGGCCGUCAUGGACCGUUCUGCUAGGGAGAAGGGACUCUACCACUGCAAGCUUAUCUCUCGCGAACAGCGAUCUCCCUCCUCCAACAUCUAGCCUCCAACAGCUUAUAACUAAGUUCGGCAACAAGAACCUCAGCCCAACCGACAUGGUUGCUCUCUCAGGUGCACACACGAUCGGUCAGGCGCAGUGCCAGAACUUCAGGGACCACAUCUACAACGACACCAACAUCAACUCGGCCUACGCGACGUCGCUCAAGGCCAACUGCCCCGCGGCAGCCCCCAACGGCAACACCAACCUGGCACCGCUCGACACCACGACGCCGAACGUGUUCGACAACGCCUACUACAACAACCUGCUGUCCCAGAAGGCGCUCCUGCACUCUGACCAGCAGCUGUUCAACGGAGGCAGCACGGACAACACGGUCAGGAACUUCGCGUCCAACACGGCGUCGUUCAGCAGCGCCUUCACGACGGCGAUGGUGAACAUGGGGAACAUCAGCCCAUUGACCGGGACCCAGGGGCAGAUCAGGCUCACCUGCUCCAAAGUGAACUCGUAAGACGAACGCACGUACGUACGCUGGCAGCGCAAGUAUGUAUAAGACCAGCGCGUAAACGAAUAAGGUCGCUUCUGCACCAGCACCACCAACAAAGUAUACGUACGUACGACGUAGCUAUUGUAUACGCAGACGAACACCAGGCCAAC